GGCCCGGGGAGGGUGGAGGUAUCCAUGGGAAAGGCGCGCGCGGUGGGGGUUUGAGCCCUCCCUGAACAAAGCCUGGGUGGGAGCGGCCUGUGUGUCCCCACCCCGCCUCCCCCAGCGCCUGCUGAGCCGCGACGACAGACGGCAAGCGAGGCGGAGCUAGCAUGGCCGGGGCCGGGGCCGCUGCGCUGUCCCUUCUCCUGCAGCUCGGGGGCCUGGCGCUGGCCGUGGGCGCGGGCGCGGGAGGUGGGACUGUCCCCAAGGAGCCCCCUGGGCAGCAGACACCUGUCCACUCCUCAGCCCCUGCUGGGGCCCCCCAGGAGCAGUGGCUCCCCCUGCGAGAGUGGCUGGGGCGACUGGAGGCUGCAGUGGUGGAACUCAGAGAGCAGAAUAAGGACCUGCAGAUGAGGGUGAGGCAGCUGGAGUCCUGUGAGUGCCGCCCUGCAUCUCCCCAGUGCUGGGGGCUGGGGCGUGCCUGGCCCGAGGGGGCGCGCUGGGAGCCUGACCCCUGCACAGCCUGCGUCUGCCAGGAUGGGACCGCUCACUGUGGCCCCCAAGCCCACCUGCCCCAUUGCGGGGGCUGCAGCCAGAAUGGACAGACCUACGGCAACGGGGAGACCUUCUCCCCAGAUGCCUGCACCACCUGCCGCUGUCUGGAAGGGACCAUCACCUGCACCCCGAAGCCAUGCCCAAGAGGACCCUGCCCUAAGCCAGGAGCGUGCUGCCCACACUGUGAGCCAGGCUGUGAGUAUGAGGGGCAGCUUUAUGAGGAGGGGAGCACCUUCCUAUCCAGUUCCAACCCUUGUCUGCAGUGCACCUGCCUGAGGAGCCGAGCUCGCUGCAUGCCCCUGAAGUGCCCGCCCAGCCCCUGCCCAGAGCCAGUCCUGAGGCCUGGGCAUUGCUGCCCGACCUGCCAAGGCUGCACAGAAGGUGGCUCUCACUGGGAACACGGCCAAGAGUGGACCACACCGGGGGACCCCUGCCGAAUCUGCCAGUGCCUGGAGGGUCACAUCCAGUGCCGCCAGCGAGAAUGUGCCAGCCUGUGUCCGUACCCAGCCCGGCCCCUCCCAGGCACCUGCUGCCCUGUGUGUGAUGGCUGUUUCCUAAACGGGCGGGAGCACCGCAGCGGGGAGCCCGUGGGCUCAGGGGACCCCUGCUCGUACUGCCACUGCGCUAACGGGAGUGUCCAGUGUGAGCCUCUGCCCUGCCCGCCAGUGCCCUGCAGACACCCAGGCAAGAUCCCUGGGCAGUGCUGCCCUGUCUGCGAUGGCUGUGAGUACCAGGGACACCAGUAUCAGAGCCAGGAGACCUUCAGACUCCAAGAGCGGGGCCUCUGUGUCCGCUGCUCCUGCCAGGCUGGCGAGGUCUCCUGUGAGGAGCAGGAGUGCCCAGUCACUCCCUGUGCCCUGUCUGCCUCUGGUCGCCAGCUCUGCCCAGCCUGUGUGCUGGAUGGAGAGGAGUUUGCUGAGGGAGUCCAGUGGGAGCCUGAUGGUCGGCCCUGCACCACCUGCGUCUGUCAAGAUGGGGUACCCAAGUGCGGGGCUGCGCUCUGCCCCCCAACCCCCUGCCAGCACCCCACCCAGCCCCCUGGUGCCUGCUGCCCUAGCUGUGACAGCUGCACCUACCAUGGCCAAGUGUAUGCCAAUGGGCAGAACUUCACGGACGCAGACAGCCCUUGCCAUGUCUGCCGCUGCCAGGAUGGAACUGUGACAUGCUCCUUGGUUGACUGCCCUCUCACGACCUGUGCCAGGCCCCAGAGUGGACCGGGCCAGUGUUGCCCCAGGUGCCCAGACUGCAUCCUGGAAGAAGUGGUGUUUGUGGAUGGUGAGAGCUUCUCCCACCCCCGAGACCCCUGCCAGGAGUGCCGAUGCCAGGAAGGCCAUGCCCGCUGCCAGCCUCGCGCCUGCCUCAGGGCCCCCUGUGCCCACCCGCUACCUGGGACCUGCUGCCCGAACGACUGCAGCGGCUGUGCCUUUGGCGGGAAAGAGUACCCCAGCGGAGCGGACUUCCCCCACCCCUCUGACCCCUGCCGUCUGUGUCGCUGUCUGAGCGGCAACGUGCAGUGCCUGACCCGCCGCUGCUCGCCGCUGCCCUGUCCAGAGCCUGUCCUGCUGCCGGGAGGCUGCUGCCCGCAGUGCCCGGCCACCCCAGCCCCCGCCGGCUGCCCACGGCCCGGCGCGGCCCCCGCCCGCCACCAGGAGUACUUCUUCUCCCCGCCCGGAGAUCCCUGCCGCCGCUGCCUCUGCCUCGACGGCUCCGUGUCCUGCCAUCGGCUGCCUUGCCCGCCCGCGCCCUGCGCGCACCCGCGCCAGGGUCCUUGCUGCCCCUCCUGCGACGGCUGCCUGUACCAGGGGAAGGAGUUUGCCAGCGGGGAGCGCUUCCCAUCGACCACUGCCGCCUGCCACCUCUGCCUUUGCUGGGAGGGCAGCGUGAGCUGCGAGCCCAAGGCAUGUGCCCCUGCACUGUGCCCUUUCCCUGCCAGGGGCGACUGCUGCCCUGACUGUGAUGGCUGUGAGUACCUGGGGGAGUCCUACCUGAGUAACCAGGAGUUCCUAGAUCCCCGAGAACCCUGCAACCUGUGUACGUGCCUUGGAGGCUUCGUGACCUGCGGCCGCCGGCCCUGUGAACCUCCGGGCUGCAGCCACCCACUCAUCCCCUCUGGGCACUGCUGCCCGACCUGCCAGGGAUGCCACUACCAUGGCGUCACUGCUGCCUCUGGAGAGACCCUUCCUGACCCACUUGACCCUGCCUGUUCCCUCUGCACCUGCCAGGAAGGUUCCAUGCGCUGCCAGAAGAAGCCAUGUCCCCCAGCUCUCUGCCCCCACCCCUCUCCAGGCCCCUGCUUCUGCCCUGUUUGCCACAGCUGCGUCUCUCAGGGCCGGGAGCACCAGGAUGGGGAGGAGUUUGAGGGAGCAGCAGGCAGUUGUGAAUGGUGUCGCUGUCAGGCUGGCCAGGUCAGCUGUGUGCGGCUGCGGUGCCCACCCCUUCCCUGCCAGCUCCAGGUCACCGAGCCGGGGAGCUGCUGCCCUCGCUGCAGAGGCUGCCUGGCUCAUGGGGAAGAGCACCCUGAAGGCAGUAGCUGGGUGCCCCCCGACAGUGCCUGCUCCUCCUGCGUGUGUCACGAGGGUGUCGUCACCUGUGCACGCAUCCAGUGCAUCAGCUCUUGCGCCCAGCCCCACCAGGGGCCCCAGGACUGCUGUCCUCGAUGCUCUGACUGUGAGCAUGAGGGUCGGAAGUACGAGCCCGGGGAAAGCUUCCAGCCUGGGGCAGACCCCUGUGAAGUGUGCAUCUGCCAGCCACAGCCUAAGGGGCCUCCCAGCCUUCGCUGUCACCGGCGGCAGUGUCCCAGCCUGGUGGGCUGCCCCCCAAGCCAGCUCCUGCCCCCUGGGCCCCAGCACUGCUGUCCGACCUGUGCCCAAGCUUUGAGUAACUGUUCAGAGGGCCUGCUGGGAUCUGAGCUAGCCCCCCCAGACCCCUGCUACACGUGCCAGUGCCAGGACCUGACAUGGCUCUGCAUCCACCAGACCUGUCCUGAGCUCAGCUGUCCCCUCUCAGAGCGCCACACUCCCCCUGGGAGCUGCUGCCCCGUGUGCCAGGAAUGUGUGGUGGAGGCCGAGGGCCGGAGAGUGGCAGAUGGAGAGAGCUGGAGGGACCCCAGCAAUGCAUGUAUCACCUGCACCUGUCGUCGGGGCCGUGUGGAGUGCCACCUCGAGGAGUGCCAGGCCCUCUCCUGCCCCCAUGGCUGGGCAAAGGUGCCCCAGGCCAACAGCUGCUGUGAGCGAUGCCAAGCUCCCACCCAGUCCUGCGUGCACCAGGGCCGUGAGGUGGCCUCUGGAGAGCACUGGACUGUGGACGCCUGCACCAGCUGCUCCUGCAUGGCGGGCACCGUGCGUUGCCAGAGCCGGCGCUGCUCACCGCUCUCGUGUGGCCCCGACAAGGCCCCUGCCCUGAGUCCCGGCAGCUGCUGCCCCCGCUGCCUGCCCCGGCCAGCUUCCUGCAUGGCCUUCGGAGACCCCCAUUACCGCACCUUCGACGGCCGCCUGCUGCACUUCCAGGGCAGUUGCAGCUAUGUGCUGGCCAAGGACUGCCACAGCGGGGACUUCAGUGUGCACGUGACCAAUGAUGACCGGGGCCGGAGCGGCGUGGCCUGGACCCAGGAGGUGGCAGUGCUGCUGGGAGACGUGGCCGUGCGGCUGCUGCAGGGCGGAGCAGUCACUGUGGAUGGGCGCCCAGUGGCCUUGCCCUUCCUGCAGGAGCCGCUGCUGUAUGUGGAGCUGCGAGGACACACUGUGAUCCUGCAUACCCAGCCCGGGCUCCAGGUGCUGUGGGACGGGCAGUCCCAGGUGGAGGUGAGCGUGCCUGGCUCCUACCAGGGCCGGACUUGUGGGCUCUGUGGGAACUUCAACGGCUUUGCCCAGGAUGAUCUGCAGGGCCCUGAGGGGCUGCUCCUGCCCACGGAGGCUGCGUUUGGGAAUAGCUGGCAGGUCUCAGAGGGGCUGGGGCCUGGCCGGCCCUGUUCUGCAGGCCGAGAGAUGGAUCCGUGCCGGACAGCAGGUUACCGUGCCAGGCGUGAGGCCAAUGCCCGGUGUGGGGUGCUGAAGUCCUCCCCAUUCAGUCGCUGCCAUGCUGUGGUGCCACCGGAGCCCUUUUUUGCUGCCUGUGUGUAUGACCUGUGUGCCUGUGGCCCUGGCUCCUCCGCCGAUGCCUGCCUCUGUGACGCCCUGGAAGCCUACGCCAGUCACUGUCGCCAGGCAGGAGUGACACCUACCUGGCGAGGCCCCACGCUGUGCGUGGUAGGCUGCCCCCUGGAGCACGGCUUCGUGUUUGAUGAGUGCGGCCCGCCCUGUCCCCGCACCUGCUUCAAUCAGCAUAUCCCCCUGGGGGAGCUGGCAGCUCACUGCGUGAGGCCCUGCAUGCCCGGCUGCCAGUGCCCUGCAGGCCUGGUGGAGCACGAGGCCCACUGCAUCCCACCCGAGGCCUGUCCCCAAGUCCUGCUCACUGGAGACCAGCCACUCGGUGCUCGGCCCAGCCUCAGCCGGGAGCCCCAGGAGACACCCUGAGCGAGGACAGUGCCUGACCAGGGUUCAUCAGGCCAGGAGCCUCCCCUUGGCAAGCAGCUCCCACCUUGGUCAGGGCUGUGGAGAGAAUGCCCUGCCUGGACAGUGGAGCCUGGGCCCCUGCCCUGCAAAGACCCCUGCCGUGUUGAGUCACAAGCAGUAAACUCUAGGCCUGCCCGAA